CGAACCCUCAUUUCAGGUGAGUCUUCUUCCAUUCUCUCGCCUUUACUGUUCCUUCCGAUCUGCUAUGUUCUUAGAAACAAAACUACACGAUGAUGAUGCCUUCAGGAAUGGCAAACAAGAUUGCAAUGCUGGUUUCAGAAGCGAGGAACAAGAAUGCUGUAAUAAACACAUGUCUUGGAGUGUCUUUUAUUGUUUUGGGGUUAAGAUCUGAUAAGCAGCAAAAAUAUGUUGAGGCCUUACAGGAGCAAAAGGAUUCACUCUUCAAGUCUAACAAGGAAAUGAAAGUCACUAUGUGGCAUUGGAAACAGCAACUCUUUGCUGAUACGUCCACCGUUGUUGUUCCUUUGUCCACGCUUAAAGCCAUCUAUGGCGAAGUCACCACAAACACUCAAUCUGGUGAAACAGUCAAGGAAGAGUCUAGAAUGUCUACUACCUCCAGGAUCAUGGUAUGAGAGGUUCUCAAGUAAAGAUUUAACACUUUUAGUCUCAUUAUUUGUAAUUUUAAACUUGGCUAGCAUUAAAUUGUAUGUAGUUCAUUAUGGACCCAUCGGUCCAAGAUUAGGUCUUGUUUUUUGGAUUAAAGAUUUUCACUUGAUUUUAUAUUUUGUCCAUGUAGUUUCGAAGCAUGUUCC